CAGCAGCAGGUUGUUCAUUCAGUCCCCUCCAGCUUCCCGGACCGCUUGGAACCAAAGGACUAAAACGGACUUGAGAAAACGUGUAUUCCUCAGUCAGGAAGAGGGGGGAACUGGAGUGAAAAUGUCUCGACUUCAUUUCAAGCUCUGUUUGGAUUCUAUGUCACCGAAAACUGAUUUGAAUAAUCGGCUCUUUUUCGCUUUUCCUCUAACUUGUGUGGGAAUGUAACUCAAGACCAUCUCAUCCACCAACACUUUGACUUACUCUGAAACUCUCCUGAAUAUAAAGGGUUGGAGACCUUUUCGUGAUUCAUGCGGAUUUAACUGUCGGAAGUGGAAAUUUCUCUGGGCUACUUUUCUCCCCUUCAGCCAGGCUACCGGCGAAUUGCCUAAUGUUCAUUUCAUUCUCGUAUUGAUAUUUUAACAGUUUUGUUCAUGUAAGACUAAAAGUAAUGAUGAUUUCGGAGGAGAGAAGCAGUCACGUUAAUAAACAGGCUCUGAACUUCCCUGUGGGUUUACUUAUCCGCUCUCCAAAGAAGCGCCUGGCCAAACUGGGGAGGAAACCCAGCAAUGGAUCUCUGCAGUCCAGUAACUCGGACAGCAUUGUCCAAUCCUCAGACAGAGUGGUGGUCCGGCAGCCGGCCAAGAGCAAAAUCCGCCGCCACAAUAACAGGCUCUCUAACGUUUUCAACCACAGUCCAAACCUUCGGGACAGGGGACGCCAAGGCACGCCGCCCAGUGGAGGCAGCCUGGCCGGUGACAUACAGGCUGCGGACGACCCAGCGGAGCUAUCCAGUCAGAUGUCCGUACCGGGCAUCCUCAAGAUCUUUGGUAGCGACAUCUGUCAGGGGGCAAACUAUAAGAGCGUGCUGGCCACCACUCAGUCAAGUGCUAAGGAGCUGCUGAAGGAGGCCUUAGAGAGGUACUGUUUGGAAAAAGAAGACCCCAGCGACUACGUACUGUGCGAUGUGAUCGGACAGACGGGGACAGUCAACCAGUGGAGGAGGGAGUGUUUCCGGGUGGUGGGAGACCACGAGAAGCCCCUCAUGCUGCAGUCACUGUGGAAGCCAAAGGAAGGAUUCUCCAGACGCUUUGAAAUCCAGCUGAGAGCGAGCGUAGAGGAGCAGAGCUUAAAGGACAGAGACACCGUUACAGCAGGGAUCAACGCUCAGGCCCGUAAGCUGCAGAGGGGCCGCAGCAGGGUGACGUCUCUGUUCGUGGACGGCAGUGAGAAUGACGUGGACGGACUCGGCAUCUGGAGGAGUCUGAGCGAGAUGGACCUGCCCGCCAUGGGGAAAGAGGCGGAGCGGGCGCGGCAGAGCUCCGCCCUCAGAGAGGACGGUGAGGCCGAAGCCGACAAGGAGGAGCUGAGACUCGGCCUGGAGAAGGAGGAAACGGAGAGCAGCGACGAUAACACCACCCAGUACUCCAUCCACCCGCCGUUCGACUUCCCCUACUUCCUCCUGCUGCAAGGCUACAGCCACAGACAGGAUUUUGUGAUCUACCUGAUGAGUGGGACUAGCACCAUCUUCGGCUGCUGCAGGGAGCACUGUACGGGUGAGGAUGAGGAGAGGCUGAAGGUGGACAUCCUGCUCUUUGCUCCUGACGUGUUACCUCAGCACUGCUGCGUCCGACGCCUGGACUCUACCAUCCCGACGUCCACGGGGGAGCACAGAAAGACGUUGACCCUGCUGAAGCCCCUCCACGGAGCUCCUGUCACCAGAAAUGGUUUCCUCCUGAAAGAGGAGCAGGAGCUGAACCCCGGGGACUUGGUGGGUCUGGGGGAACACUACCUGUUCUUGUUUAAGGAUCCGACCAGCACCUCAGGACCCCGGCAGACCCCCCACUGGAUGAGCAGACUCUGCCUGAACUCUGACACUAAGACUUCCUGUUUAUCCUGUGGUUCCUCUGUGGGUAUCAGAAGGUUCCGGAGAAGGUCUUUACCGCCUCGGUGGAGGGACCUGGAGGGGACGGAGGCUCUGCUAGUCUAUGAGCUCGAUCAGGAGGAACGGGUCCUGCAGGAGGUUAUGGACAUGUUGGACCCAAGUGGAAACGAACCAAAGCUGACGCCUGCCUUCCUGCUGAGCCUGUGCAUCCAGCACUCGGCCUCCAGCUUCCCUCUGACUCACCUCCGACAGCUGCUGCUCCAAAUUGCCAACCGGAUCCAGCUGGUGAUGUGGGAGAAGACAAAAGAACUCGCAGCAAUUCAGCCAGAAACGAGCCCUGCUGACGUUCAGCCUGACACCCUUCAGCUUCUCAGCAUGUCGGAGCUGAUCCCAGGUCUGCAGCCUCUCAUGCUUUGGAUGUCCAACUCCAUUGAACUGCUGCACUUCAUCCAGCACGAGGUUCCCCAGCUACUCUGCAGGCCGGAGGAUGAAGCAGCUGUGUUGGACUCUGAGAUUUCCAACACUCGGACAGCCUGUGAGGAGGCCAUGACAGUCCUGGAGGAAGUCAUCAUGUUCACAUUCCAGCAGUCCGUCUACUAUCUCACAAAGAGCAUGUACUCGGCACUGAGUGGCCUGCUGGAGGGGAACCCGUUCUCAGAAAGCGGUCAGCUGAGGGUUCCUGACGGACUCAGCAGCAUCCUGGAGGUUUUGAAGGAGGCCUUAAAGCUCCUGACCGCUUUCCAGGUCCAUACAGACAUCUCGUUACAGCUGUUUGCCUACCUGUUCUUCUUCAUCAACGCCUCGCUGUUCAACACCCUCAUGGAGAGAGGAUCUGUGUCAGGGUUCUACCAGUGGUCCCGUGGGGUUCAGAUCCGGGCCAACCUGGACCUGCUGAUGGACUGGAUCCAGAGUAUCGGACUGGGAGAACUGGCCACGGAGUUCUUCCAGAAGCUCUCUGCUGCUGUCAAUCUGCUGGCCACGCCCAGAGAAACCCUCCUGCAGGCGUCUUGGGCGUCCCUCAGGGCUGAGUUUUCCGCUCUGAAUCCGGCUCAGCUGCACCACAUGCUGAGGGAGUACAGCUCGGGUAAAUCCUGCCCCCCCGGCUGGACACCAUCACCGGACGACGUGAAGGACACAGUCAGGACAGCCGACAUCCUCCAGAGUUUCGACAGUCAUCCCCCCCUCGUCCUGCCCAGCUCCUCCUUCCACCUUGAGCUUGGGAAACCCCUCGCUGACCCCACCCUCUUCCAGCAGGUCACUCACCUGCAGGAGUUCAUCCGCCAGCUCCCCAACAGUAAAUCUGAACCUGAGCCCGUCUUGGAGGACCAGACUCUCAGCGGGACAACAGACAGCCCGUCUGUGACCUCACCUUCCGUCAGGGUCCUCCAGGAUACGGCCCAUCACGCGGGCUCUGACCCGGUAACCGACCCCUCCCCCGAGCCCGACCUUGACCACCUCUCUGCCUUUGAGCCGGCUCAGACCCGGGGCUCUCACGGUGACCUGAGUAGCUGCGAGGCGGUCCUGACCCAGAAACUGAAGAGUCUAGAGCUGCAGAACUCGCUCCCUGGACAGGCGGAUCUGGUGUACCACAAGAGCCUGGCUCUGGACCCGUCCUGCCUGCUGACCCCACCAAACACCCCGCAGGGCCUUGAGCUGGCCGAACUGGAGGCAGACCUGCAGGAGGGGGCACGUCAGCUGAAGAGAGCGAGUGAACGUGUAGAGAAGAAGACGGAGAACGAUGGAGAAAGAGAAGAAGAAGAAGAAGAAAGUGAGGAAGUGUUCACCGUGGAGCUGCACCGAGGACCUCGCGGUCUGGGUCUGGCCCUGGUUGAUGGAACGAAAACUCCUCUGAGAAUGAGCGGCAUCUACGUGAAGUCGGUGGUUCCCGACUCUCCAGCUGCUCAGUGUCAGAAGCUGAGAACAGGAGACCGAGUGCUCGCCGUGAACGGCAUCAGCCUGGUGGGCAUGGAGUACAACACAGGUAGAGAGCUGAUCCGCUCCUCAGGAGACGCUCUCAGGCUGCUGGUGGCAAAGAUCGACUCAAAGACAAACAGCAAGGGCUCGAUAACGACCAAGUGCUGAAACACGAGCUGCUGAUGACGAUCGACGAGUUCUGCGGGAUGUUCAGUUCAUCCUCCUGCUGAAUCCAGAAUCAGAAUUUCUCUACCAAAGGAAACACACUUCCUGCUUCCAUUUCAGAAUUGUUGAGACAAUCAUCUGAUGCAUCAGGACCAUGUGGACUAUGUGUUUAUGGCCAUAGUGUGUGUGUAAGGACAACUAUUUUAAAUCUGUUCUGCUGCCCAGCUUCUGUCCGGCCAGUAAACAAAGUCUACAAAAAAAAACCCACGAGGGAGGAUGUUGGGAGAAAACAGUCCGUCUUUGGCAUUAGUGAGACAUCUAUUUAAAUGUCUGAAUCCACAGCUCUCUGUCCGACAUAACCACCAGGCUGCCCCGGGAUCGGCCUCUUGGAAUAAACUGGAAACGUUUUCAAAUCAUUAUGGCUUUAUGACUGAUAAACUGUGAAACUGUGUCUGUACACUGCAAUAAACGUGCGUCUUACACAUCCAGGAGGAAGGCUGCUUCCUGCUGGCACUACUUUCUUCCUUUUAAUCACAAUUAUAGAACAUUCCCGGAACAUGGGAAGGAAGCAGAGACAUCUCAAACUACUUUCAUUUCAUUUUUUUUUGCUAUUCACAAUGUAAUCAGAUAUUUUCAUUUUAGCAGUCGUCGUUUUCUUUUUGAUCUCCAGAGCCUAACGCAGAUCUUUCCGUCUCUCUACUCUACAUCAGGACUGUUUUUUGAAAAAAAAGUAUUGAACUGUUCCUUUAAAAUCUUAAAUGUCCGGGUUUCUGAACAGAGCAGCCGAUGGUUCAAAUGCAGAAAUGUCUUGAGUGUUCAACACGGCAGAGCAACAAUCUGCCGCCGCCUGUUGGUGAAAUGUACACAGUGUUAGUAUUAAGACACACAAAGUAUUCCUUUUUGUAAUAUUUAUAUUCACAGUAUUUUUUUGAAACUAUUGAAUAAAUAAUAUUUUGUCUU